UAUAAAAUAAAUACUAUUUUUAUAUAAAUAGCAAAACCAAAAUUAAUUUGAUUAAAUUCAAUGCUACAGAGACCUAUCUAAAAUUUAUCAGGAAUAUCCAGAAAUUGUUUGUUAUCUUUUGUUGUUUCACAUGCUUUCAAAAACGAAAUUAUUCUUUUCAAGAACUAAGUCCUGCGCAAAUGGCUCGCAAUCCAAAAAGGAAGUUGGGCAGUUGGCCAUACAAAAAUUAAAACAUACAACAUUACAAAAUAAUAUUAGUGACAACAUUAUUAAAGUAACAGGAUUAAAAUCCAUGAAAACAAAGCAAACAUUUAAACUUGUAAAAAGUGAUGUGUUUGAUGUUUCUCUAAAUAACAUCCAAGCAGUAUUGAAAUUUCCAAUAAUAGAUGGUAUUGGAGACAAUAUAAAGUACAAAUUUCCACAUUCCGUUGAUGUGAGAGAAGCAUAGACAGUGUACAGUGUA